AUGGAAUUAUCGGAAAACCCUGCAACCCCGGCUGCCUUGCGGCAACGUGCGAGCCUUACCGGUCACUACCUGCCUAAGGUAAGGCAUGAGGCGACUCACUCGAGACAAACCAAGCAGAAGACAAUGGCAAAUAGUGAUGGGCCGAGAGGGUCUGUGCAUGAUUUUAAUGGAUUUUUAGGACCGUCCACACAUCAGAAGCAUAAGUUCUGUCCUGAAGCCUCUGACGGUUCCCAACCCAUGAGACGGCCACGGGAUGUCAAUAUAUUAAGUCAUACCCUUCGUCAAUGCCAACAGAGGAUAGAUCAGUUUCCACCGAUCCAAGCAGGUCGUUGGCUUCAAACAGAUCUUCGGCUGGCUAUGGAGAAAGAUGAAAAAAGCAAAGUUCCGGAAGAGAUUAGUGAUUUACGCCACAAGACCCAAAGUCCCAGCCAUUCAUUCGCUCAGUCCACAAAUAAGAAGUCAAGCACAACAGCCCAUACUGCGAUGAGCGUACAAAGAGUUCUCUCAGCGCAUGAUAGCCUACCGCCGAGUCCUCGCAGAGCCAUAUCACCUCCGUUUAAGACGCGGUUAAUCCGCGAAAUGCUCCCAACAAUGAACACUCACCAGGGACUGGUACCGAAGACAGACGCCUACAAACGUGGCUACCACACAGCGGGAGACUAUUCUCCAUCUACGAAGAGAGUCAUAGAUGACUUAGACAAGGCGCGCUGUGACCUCAUUCUUCUUCCCACUAAUCAGAAGCUAAGCAUACAAGAAGUUACUGCACAAACGGAUCGAUAUAAGCAAAUAGCUGGCCACCGGACAUUUUCGAUUCGAUUUGAGUCAUCAGCAGAUAAUGCCUUGGAGGAUGAGCCCUACCAGAGACGUCCCUACCUUUUACAAAAGUCUCCAGACAGGCGCAAACGGGCCCUGUCUCCGGCAGCAUUUAAUGCUACAUUAGAAGAAAUUCAAUUCAAGCAGAUGCACACCCUUCGGCACACAAGUAAAAACCUCUUUGCACGACCUGUUAAUAUAAUAGAUUUAGAACCUAGUAGCUCCGUGGAGAACACGGCUUCAGAUAUGCUCGAAUGUGUUAAAGCAUCACAAUCAACGGGUAAUUCUCAAGCCUCUAACUCAGAGCAAUACAGCCCCAAUAUAUGCCUUCCCUUGAUGAAUAACAUGCCCUGUUCUUCAUUUCCCAUACUGUAA